AUGGGCGCGGUGAUGGCUCUGCCUACAGCAGCCGGCGGUACCCACCACAUCCUCCCAGCUCAAGCGUUCGAGCUCGGUCCCACGACCGUUGCUGGAGGCAUACCGGGAUUCAUGGUACUGGACAAUGUCUGGUACAGAGACAGAACCUUCUUUUACCUUGAAAAUGAGGACGCCAGCGAGCCCGUACCAUCGCCUGAUCUUCUAUUGACUUACUCGGGAAGUGGAUCUGGGACCAAAGACUUCGAACGGAUCCAGUUGGAGCAGUCGGCAGCGACUCGGCAUAGGCGCGAUGAAGAGCGGAGUCUGGGAACGGACAAUACGACCAUAUUACAUGGGACCACACUAUUCUUCAAUGACGGCUAUGACAACAAAUGGUCAGGCUACAAGUGGCUCUAUCACAUGGUCGCCGAAGCACUCCUCGGAUCCCUCGCCGUCCUCUCCUCAGUGGAACCCCUUUCCAACGACUUUGCCCUCCGCGCCGCAGCUGGCGAAUGGGCGUCUUCUCCCGAUAGAUUAGCUGGAGGAGAGAGUGAAGGACUGCCGGAUCGGUUGAUUGUUGCGUGGGAUCAGCUCUGGGAUGCGAGGUACGGUCUGCCGAGGACUGUCGCAGAAUCGGUGUUUGGUGACGACAACUUGAUCGAACCUGAUGAAUGGAGAGAUAUGUCGGGUGAUGGUUGGGUAUACUUCGAAAGAAUCCUCCUCCUCGACCGUUCUGUUUCCCACCGCUUCAACCCUCUUUCUCAAAAAUGGCUCAAAAUGGCUCUCGACGCCUACCAACUAGCUCCCUCCCCAGACUUCUUCACCCCCCUCCGCCGCGCUCUCCUUUCCUUCUACAACAUCCCCUCUCUCACACGUCCUUCGCCCGGGAUGAGCGUAAACUUCAAGAGGCCGAAGAUUGUGUAUGUUGAGAGGCAGAGAACAGAGAGGAGGUUCGAAGAGCAGGUGCAUGAAGAUCUGGUGAAGAGGUUGGAGAGGUUGGAGAAGAUGGGAGAGGCGAAGGUAGGAAUGGCGGUGUUGGAAGGGAUGGAGAAAAGGGAGCAGUUCAGGUUGUUCGCUGACGCUGAUAUCAUUCUGGGGAUUCACGGCAAUGGCCUCACCCACGAACUUUGGAUGCCCUCUGGCGGUAUCAUGAUUGAGAUCCUCCCUCCUGACGACUUUCACUACGACUACGCUCCCGUGUCUAUGGCUCUGGGACAUGAGCACCUGAUAUGGCAGAAUGACAGACUCUUUCCUCGGGAUAUGUGGUUACCACAAAACACGGGAAAUGGUAGUCUUAUACAUGACGGCUCUUCCAUCCCGCUCGAUGUGGAUUCGUUGAUAACGAUGGUAGAGGCCCUUGUGAAGAGCAUAACUUUCUCAUAUCAUUAA